UUUUUAAGAUAUAGGAUGAAAUAAAGGUAUCCAUUUGUGUAAAAAUAUUCUUUAUUGCAUCAUUCUGUGCUCUGUAAACACGUUUUAUGGUAGAAAUAGCAUCAAAACGUGAUUUGGUAACCAUCGAGUGAAACGGUUUCUCUCCGCGGAAAACGAGAGCAGCAAAUCACGGCGAAGGAAAUCAUUUGACGCCGAUGACCGUUAGGUAACGGUGUUUGCUUUUUCAGCCAGUAUAAAGUCGCUUUAAGUGGUUUAUACCGAUUUUUUGAGCAAUUUGUGUCGUAUUUUGUUGUGACCACUACAAUACAGAAGAUAAAUCAUGACCCCAAGAAAGAAGAAAGUUAGCAAACUUGACUUGAGAAUCGUAAAACCGGAGCCGGGAGAAGUGUCUUCCGACUGGAAUCAAGAUACAAUCAAUUCACUUUUAGCAAAAAUGCUGUCGAAUAUUCCAAGACCUGAUAACAUGAAAUACUCGAGUAUGCUGGACAAAGUUUCCUGGAAAGAUGUUAGUUUUGAAAACUUUACACCGGAGCAAUGCAAGAUGCAGUGGAACAAACUUUCAAGAGAGAUCCGAAAGUUCCGGACACUGACGGAGUUGGUUGAAGACGUUAGAGAAUAUAUCCGUGACCCUUACAAGGGUCAGAUUAAAAAACACCCUGACUACCCCAAGCGACCUCUUACCCCAUACUUCCGAUUUUUUAUGGAGAAACGUGAUAGUUUUGCAACCCAGCAUAAAGAUCUCACAAAUCUUGAAGUAACAGCAGAGUUGAGCAAGAUAUAUAGAUCAUUGCCUCAGAAACAAAAGGAAAAAUAUGUUCAAGAUUGGAAGAAAGAGACUGCUGAGUAUAAAGUUUAUAUGAAGAAGUUUAGAGAAGAACACCCAACAUACUUUGUUACUCGACCAACUAAACCUCAUGAACCAAGAACACCUGCAGCUAUAUAUAAAGAAGAGCAAUAUAGUAUCUUUGCCACCGAAAACACAGACAUGAGUAAGAAGCAAUGCUUGGGCGCUUUGAAAAAGAAAUACAAAACCUUGGAAGACGAAGAGAAACAACAGUAUAUUGACAAAGCUUUGAAAGAACAAGAAGAAUACAAGGUUGAACUUGAGAAAUACUUGUUACAGAAUCCGGACAUGCAGGGUAAGACGAAACGUCCUGUCUUGAAUAAAUAUGAGCGUGAACUACAUGAUAAAACUAUGGGGCGACCGAAAAGGCCACCAUCUAAUGGCUACAACUUGUUCUGCACUGAGACAAUGUCCCAGUUCACGACGAUGCAAAGUCAAAAAAGAAUCGUUGAAUGUGGAAGAUUGUGGAAUCUAAAAUCUGCUGAAGAAAAACAGAAAUAUCAUCAAAGAUUUAUACAAAUGAAACAACAAUAUGAAAAAAAACUGCAGGAAUUUUACCAGAGCUUGUCUCCUGAAAGAAGGAAAGAAGAAGAACUGAAAGACAAAGGACAGAAAAAAACUCAUGUCCGGCAAAUUAAGAUGGAGAAGAAAGAACUUAGCGAUGCUGAGUCAUCGGAUGAACUCGAUCUUAACGACUCAUCAUCUGGGGAAGAUGACUCAGCAGAUGAUGACGAUGACGAAAGUGAAGACGAAGACAAGAUUAUCGUUGAAGUAGAAGAAGGAGAUGAGGAUGUACAACCGAUACCAGCGAGACCAACAACCCCAAUAUCUGCUUUGUUUCUAUACAAGCGAGCAAAUAGAAAAAAGGUGGAAGCACAAUACCGUGGCAUGUCAACCGAUGAAGUGACGAGGUUGUUGGCACGACGAUACCAUGAACUACCUGAACAUAAGAAACAUAAAUAUCUUAAACGUGAGAAACAGCUGAAGGAAGAAUAUAAUGAAAAGAUGCAGCAGUAUUUAAAAGAAACAUCAAAGAAAACAACGAAUGGAUCCCCAAAGGUUGUUGCGAUGGAAGUUGAACCUCCAGUUAAACUACAACCAGUGACUGGGGAACAACUUUAUCAUGAAAAGUUUUUUGAAUCUUACAGCAAGAAACAUAAUCACAACAGAGUAGCUGUAGACGCUGCAUUGAGAGUAGCUUGGAGCAAGUUGGCCAAAGUACGACGUGAACCUUUCAUUAAGUUAGCGCAACAACAGAACGAGAAGAAUAUUGCUUUGUAUAAUAAUGCUAUGGAGAAUGUACAACAGGAGAAUCCACCAAGGGCCGAGAUUCAUCGUGUCCCAGCUCCCAUCCAAUCUAACAAGAAGAUAAAGUUCGAUGGUUUACCGAAGAAACCUCCUUCAAAUGCUUACCAACUGUUCAGUACAACACAUCUAAGAAAAGUUUCCCAUCUCGCACAAAAUGAAAAGUUUAAGGAACUUGGUAGAUUAUGGAAAUCAAUGUCACCAACAAAGAAGAAAGGUUUUGCUGCUGAAUCUAAACGACUUGGAGAUAAAUAUAAGAAGGAAUUAGAUCACUGGAUACAGGCACAAACUCCUGAGGUGGCAGAUGCUUUCAUGAACCAGCAAUCAAAGAAACGAACAAAACCAACAAAAGCAAAUGAAGUCCCUCCUGUGAAAAAGUUAAAAGAAGAUAACGAACAAGUUGCUAAUGAAGAAGCAUCAAGCAGUGAUGAUUCUGAUGAUGGGUCAGGUUCUUCAAGUUCAGAUGAUGAUAGCGACGAUGAUGAUAGCAGCAGCGACUCGUCAGAUUCUGAUUCGGAAUCAAGCAGUGGAGAUGAUGACUCAUCAGAUUCACAAAGUGAUGAUUAAUGAUGACUCAUGCAACUUUAAUGAGAGAGGUGGUAACUUUUCACUGCCAAGGUUAGCUGCCACGAAUUGCCAAAUACUGUUGAGUGGUUAUAACUUUCCACCAAUCAAAACUGAUCAUGUUGAUUUCACAUGUGUUUUGCGACGCAUGUUAUGAUUGGCUGUUCCACUUUUGAAUAAGCCAAUCAAAAUUCCAUCAUCAUUUUAUUAAAUAUUUUACAUUUUA